UCCCUACAAAUUCUAAUCUAAAACAUUCUAGAUCUUGACUAGACGCUAGAUAAUAGACUUAAAUUAAUUAAAAUUUAGAGUCUAGAUCUCUAGAACUAUUUUAUCUUUAGAAACUAGAUCUAUCUGAAUCUAAAGAUAAAUAUAGACUCUAGUUUUAAAUUUAAAAUGUCAUCAGAUAAUGAAGAAAAAAAGAAUGCAAGGAAGCGUGAGGAUUCUCCGAAGUCCGAAGAGGUUGGCAGUGAUGUUGAGUGGGUAGGGCCAACUCCAGAAGAAGCAGCGAAACCUAAGAAACGUCGAACUUUGGCUUAUGAAACAGUUUAUUUAAACAGUCUUCCAUGUGCUGAGUAUUAUGAAAAAAGCUACAUGCAUAGAGAUGUCAUCACUCAUGUUGCAGUCAGCAAGACAGGUUUUAUCAUCACUGCUAGCUGUGAUGGUCAUGUCAAGUUCUGGAAAAAAUGUGCUGAAGCUGGAAUUGAAUUUGUUAAACAUUUCCGAAGUCAUUUAGGAACUAUAGAGGAUUUAGUCAUGUCACCCAAUGGAGAACUUUGUGGAACACUUUCUUCAGAUAAAAAUGCCAAGAUUUUUGAUGUUCUCAAUUUUGAUAUGAUAAAUAUGCUGAAGCUGGGUUAUCAUCCUUCUUGUGGAGGCUGGUUAUUUAAGGCUGGAGAUCCUAUUGCAGCUUUUGCUAUAGCAGAGAAAGACACUAGUAAAAUAUAUAUUUAUGAUGGAAGAGGAACUAAUUCACCUCUCAAAGUUUUGGAAAAUCUUCACCAGUCCCCUGUUGUACUUAUUCAGUACAAUCCAAUUUUUGAUUUUGCUGUUUCCUCUGACAAGAAAGGACUUUUAGAAUACUGGAGUGGACCUAAGUCUGAAUAUAGCUUUCCCAAGAAUGUACACUGGGAGUUUAAAACAGAUACAGACUUGUUUGAUUUUCUCAAGUGCAAAUGUGAGGUUUCAUCCUUAACCUUUUCACCUAAUGGUCAGUUGAUGGCAACCUUAGCAACUGAUAGAAAGAUUCGUAUUUUCAAAGUUCUGAGUGGAAAAUUAUGGAAAGUUUUGGAUGAAUCUCUUCAACAGUUUACAGAACUACAACAGAGAAAGCAACAGAUUCCUAAUAUGGAAUUUAGCAGACGUUUGGCUGUUGAAAAAGAUGUUGAGAGAUCUGGGAGCUUCAACAUUUGUAACUUAGUAUUUGAUGAAAGUGGCUACUUUUUGUUAUAUGCUACAAUGCUAGGGAUCAAAGUGGUUAAUCUACAUACCAAUACUUGUGUUCGAUGGUUGGGUAAGUCUGAGAAUGUCAGGUUUCUACACUUAGCAUUGUUUCAAGGAGCAGGCAAAACAGCUCAGCCAGUAGUAGAUGCAGAAAUGGCAGCUUCUGACAAUCCAAUUCUGAAAAAUGUUUUUGUGGAUCCUAUUCUUGUCUGUACAGCUUUUAAAAAAGCCAGGUUCUUCUUGUUCAGUAAAAGAGAGCCAGAUGAUUCUAGAAGUGCUGACAAUGAAAGAGAUGUGUUCAAUGAGAAACCCUCAAAGGAAGAAAUCAUUGCAGCAACUCAGGAUGCUUCCUACUUGAGAAUUUCAGAAAACUGUAUUAUUCACACAACUCUAGGAGACAUCCACUGUAAACUUUUUGCCAAAGAAUGUCCAAAGACAGCGGAAAACUUCUGUGUACAUAGUCGUAAUGGUUAUUAUAAUAAUCAGCUCUUUCAUCGUGUCAUCAAAGGGUUCAUGAUACAAACUGGAGAUCCAUUGGGUAAUGGUACAGGAGGGGAAUCUAUCUGGGGUGGUGAAUUUGAAGAUGAAUUUCACCCUAAUCUGCGACAUGACAGGCCAUACACUUUGAGUAUGGCCAAUGCUGGCCCUAACACAAAUGGUUCACAGUUUUUUAUCACAGUAGUUCCAACUCCUUGGCUGGAUAACAAGCAUACAGUGUUUGGCCGAGUUGUCAAGGGCAUGGAAGUAGUCCAGACAAUAAGCAAUGUCAAAGUCAAUCCAAAAACAGACAAACCUUAUGAUGAUAUUCGAGUCAUUAGCAUCACUGUCAAAUAAUAUGUGUAAUUCUUUAAUAUGUAAAUUGUUUGUCUUUUUGUUAUUGUACUUACCUAAUAAAAUGUUUGAUAAAUUA